AACAUUGAAGAGAUUCUACGGGUUAGUAGAGACGCGUCUCCAUCCGCAGCAGACGCGCGUUAAUAUCGCGCAUACAGUCUUGACAGCUUUAUCCGGACGGGCCGUGACACGCGUCUGAUAAAGGUGACACGUUUGCAAUGUCAUUUAUAUUUGACUGGAUCUACAGAGGCUUUAGUGGAAUACUUCAGUUUUUGGGUCUGUACAGGAAGUCUGGUAAACUGGUGUUUCUUGGUUUAGACAAUGCUGGUAAAACAACACUUCUGCACAUGCUGAAAGAUGAUCGAUUAGGACAACAUGUGCCCACAUUACAUCCCACAUCAGAGGAGUUAACCAUUGCUGGAAUGACCUUCACUACAUUUGAUCUGGGUGGUCAUGUACAAGCACGGAGAGUGUGGAAGAACUAUCUCCCUGCCGUCAGCGGCGUCGUCUUCUUCGUCGACUGUGCCGAUCACGAGCGCCUCGCAGAAUCAAAGGUGGAGCUUGACUCUCUCCUGUCGGAUGAGACGAUCUCCAGUGUGCCGGUCCUGGUGCUGGGAAACAAGAUCGACCGACCUGAAGCUGUGAGUGACAUGAGACUGCGAGAGGUUUUGUGUCUGGAGGGACACACCACUGGGAAGGGUGACGUGUCUUCGAAGGAGUUGAACGUCCGGCCGCUGGAGGUCUUCAUGUGCAGCGUUCUGAAGAAACAGGGUUACGGGGAAGGUUUCAGAUGGCUGUCGCAGUACAUCGACUGAUUUCUUCCUCUGAUUUUAGUUCUGCUCGUGAAGCGAUAAGUGAUGUUGAUUUUAGCUUGAGAUUUCCAGUUCUUCCGUUAUGUUUUUUCAAUAUAUUUGGAUAGAAAUACACAAAAAAUACACAAAGCCAAUUCACUCUGACCAGCGGUAUUUGCAGUAUUUAAAAGCGCAUGUGUGAUAUUUCUGGUUAAGUGGUGACAUCAUUUCUAAAUGAUAAAAAUACAAACCAUACUUGAAUAUCAUAUACUAUCAUUUCACAUGAUCAGAUGACAAAGACAUGAUAAAAUAUUGAGUUGUACAGUAUAUGUGAUCCGUUAUUGUAGAUAUUGUUCAUAUUAUCAGAUAAGUUCAGUGAUCUUCAUCAUAUUCUAUAUACUGUAUAUAUAUAUAUGAAGAGUUCGGUUCCAAAAUGAGAUAACUCUGUUUUUAACAUUUUUCAAAAAUAUUUUUUUUUAUUGUGCAGUCCAAUUAAUUUCAAUCAAACCGGGUUGGUUUGUUUUGAACUUGCACAAUAAAACACAAUAAAAACAUGAUAAAAUAAUAAAAACAUGAUUUUAGAUUUUUUGUUUUGUUUAGUUGUUAUCUUUUUGGAACCAAACUCUUCAUAUAUAAAGCAGACUGCUUUUGUUUUGGUGCUGUGGAUGUUUUUGAUGAUCAGAUACGAGUCUGAUAAGAGAGCAUCUACAACACACACGUGUGUGUUUGAUACACAACAGAUGUUUUUGCAAAUGUGUAUAUAUUGUAUAAUGAAGUGUAAAUGUGUUUUAUUCUUCAUAGCCUUGAAUUGAAUGUACAGAUGUAUCUGCUGUGUGUAAACAUCUAUAAAUAUUUU